GAAUAAGGAUAUGAUUGAUAAGUGUGAGGGAUGUGGGGAAAAUGCAACCUUACAGUGCCCAACCUGUAAAAAACUUGGAUUGCCAGCUAGUCACUUUUGCAAUCAGGCUUGUUUUAAAACUAGUUGGGGUAAUCACAAAUUAAAACACAAACAACAGAAGGCAGUUUUAGAAACUAUAACUAAUGGAGGUGCACUGUAUCCAGGCUAUUCCUACACUGGACCCCUCAGACCUCACAUAAAAGCCCCCCGCAGAACUGACCUGCCCAAGAAUAUCGAAAAACCAGAUUAUUCGGAGGAUGGUAAGCCGGUAUCAGAAAUAGAGAGUAGAGGAAUAGGUCAGAUCAGAGUGCUGAACGCAGAGGAGAUUGCUGGAAUGCGACUUGCUGGAAAACUGGGGAGAGAAGUGCUGGACGUUGCUGCUAAGAUGGUUCGUGUUGGGGUCACAUGUCAAGAAAUCGACGAUGCUGUAUUUGAAGCAUGCGUGGAAAGAGAAUGUUACCCCUCGCCACUGAACUACAGAGGAUUUCCUAAAUCUUGUUGUACGUCCGUAAAUGAGGUGAUUUGUCAUGGUAUACCUGAUACAAGACCUUUAGAAGAUGGGGACAUUCUCAACAUUGAUAUCACUGUUUAUAAAAAUGGUUUUCAUGGUGACUUAAACGAAACAUUCCUGGUUGGAAAUGUGGAUGAGGCUGGAAGGAAACUUGUUGAGGCGAGCUACGAGAGUCUUAGUAGAGCUAUUGAACAAGUUAAACCAGGCGCAAAGUACAGGGAUAUAGGAGGGGUUAUACAGAAGUAUAUCAACAGUUGUGGCUUUAGUGUGGUCAGGAGUUACUGUGGUCAUGGUAUCAACCAGCUUUUCCAUACUGCUCCCAGUGUUCCCCAUUACGCUAAGAACAAAGCUAUAGGUAUAAUGAAGCCUGGCCACUGUUUUACUAUAGAACCCAUGAUUAACGAAGGAGUGUGGAGGGAUAACCUCUGGCCUGAUGAUUGGACCGCCGUCACCGCUGACGGAAAGAGGUCGUCACAGUUUGAACACACGCUCUUAGUCACAGAAACCGGAGUAGACAUCCUCACUGCUAGAAAAGAAGGACAGCCACACUUCAUGGACAGCUUGUAAUACAUCCUCUUUGUUUGAAAAGCGUGGACAUAAUUAGCAGCUUUUGUUUAGUCGCCUCCUUUAGUUAAAUUAUAAUCAAGUUUUUUGUCAGUUUAUCGGACGUUAUUUGACCGGACAUUGCGUGAACGGACAUAAUUUUGAACGGAGAUUAAAAUGAACGCUCGAAGGCAUUUAUUUAAUGUCUUUGAUUUAGCUACCUUUAUUUAAUGUCCGUUCAAAUACAGUCCGAUAAGGUAUAUAAUGAUGAGUUGCGAUGUACUAAAAAUCCUUACAUGAUGGGCCUGGGUUAAAAAUAGGGCAAUUGACAAAAGACAUGAGAUUGAGAAAUUAACUGAUUCCAAUUCUGUUUGAACUAUGAUUCUUAGGUAAUGAUCGAUUAAUAGUUCGAUAACUUAAGUUCACAGCUAAUACUCUGGUAAAGGAGAUGCUAGGUAUUAGGUGUAUAAAUAACCCUAUAAAUCGUUCCAAUUUGAUAGUUGUCUGAAUAUCAAAUAUUACUGUACUCUGUUCUGUUGAACAUUUUUAGGGCGUUUUUUACGUUGUUUUAAAUGACUUUCUUACCUAAUUUUGUUCCAAAACUGUGAA